AUGUGUGUCGCCAGCGCCCCUUGCCUUCUGCCUGCCUCUGUAUUGACCCCGCAGCAACUCAACAGCAGCUCUGCAGCAGCAACAACUCCAGCAGCAGCAGCAGCAGCAGCAGCAACAGCAGCAGCAGCAGCAGCAGCAGCUAUCUGCGGCGGGAGUAGGAACACAGCAGCAGCAGCAGCUGCUGCUGCUAUGUGUGUCGCCAGCGCCCCUUGCCUUCUACCUGCCUCUGUAUUGACCCCGCAGCAACUCAACAGCAGCUCUGCAGCAGUAACAACUGCACCAGCAGCAGCAGAACGCAACUGCAGCAGCACGGAGACGAAGCAGCAGUUAGCACUCGAUCUCAAUAGCAGCAACAGCAGCAGCAGCAGCAGCAGCAACAGCAACAGCAGCAACAGCAACAACAGCAGCAGCCACAGCAGGAGCAACACAGCAGCAACAGCAGCAGCAGCAGCAGCAGCAGCUAUCUGCGGCGGGAGUAGGAACUUCCUGGCUUGA